AUGGAGGGUGAAUUCCCUAUCCAAAAAGGCCUGCCCCGAGGACGUAGACCUCAGCAACCCGAGCCUCAGACCCCUGACAAGGAGGGCUACGGCUUGGAACCAAGGAAGCAGCGUCGCCAGCCUCCCAUGUAUCCUCCACCCAGAAAUGAAUCACCAGUGGCUCCAGACUCUUUCGAUGCACCAAGUACCCCCAACUGGAACGACUUUGAUCGCGCUGAAGCACACAAGUCUGCUAUUCCGGCUGCUCUCUCACCCUUCCGGGCUCAGUUCGCCCGAUCUCCUGGACAGGCUACCGACUCCUCCUUAAGUCCACGCCUCGCUCAGUAUGCUUCUUCGCCCAUCUCCGAUAGGUCGCCAAGUCUGCCUUCGCCUUCAUUUCCCUCAUUGCAAAAGUCAAUUUCCAGCUCGAGUGAGAAUCUCGCACGGAUGUUUGACAUUGAUGGACCAUAUGACCAGCGACCUGAGCCUAUCCAGGGCAGGCCACUGAUCUCACCCGUCAUGGCGGACUUUGUGCAGCCCAGGGACAGAGACCGUAGCAGGACUCGCAUCGAAGCCAAGCGAGCUCCCCCUCGACCAAACCCCAUCACCGUCCCAGCGCCGCACGCUGCAGAGGCUGUCAAGGUUAGAACGCCCAACCCCGUGGUUGAUGCGAACAACCCUGGAUUUAUCUAA